AUGGAAAAUUCUGCAGAUCAACCUGACCGGGAUAUCUCGCUCAAUGGGAUAUCAAAUGAUGUUACCGCGGAUAUCAACCCUAAUCAACAGUCGGCUGGGGCCUCAGCAAUAGUUAAGCGCAAGGCUGAGGAUAUUGACCCGUCGACAGAGCUCAAGGAUCACAAACGGAGAAAGGGAACAGCACCCAUCAAGGAAGAGUUCUUACUUAAGUCCGACGACGCAGUCGAGCCAGAAGUUGCUCGUGAUGGUGCGGGUGAUGAUGAUGCUGCCGAAGCCUUCCACCACAAAGAUAGGCAACCAACAAGCCACAACAGCAAAGGUAACCGCCGUCGUGAAAAGAAGCAAGGCCAGAACAAAGCUCGCGAGUUCGGCAGUUCGAGGGAUGAGGUAGGGUUGUGUUCCAGUCGAGUCUGCAGACCCGAAUUCUCACCGAACCCUUGUGCCUUUGGGGAUAAUUGUCGCUUCGAACAUGACGUUCGGAAAUACCUGAAAGACUACAAACGAAAAGACCUCUCUACCUUCAACGGCCUGUGUCCUGUAUGGGAAAUCAAGGGAAAAUGUCCGGCUGGGUGGAAAUGCCGGUUUGUUGGCUCUCACUCCAAGGAAGUAGACCACGGUGAUGGUCGACUGGAACUGGUUUUGGUCGAGGAUGCUGAGCGGAUGGCAAAAUAUGCCGAGACCACCUCUGAAGACGAGGAGGCUGGGGUGGCUAAUGUUCUCACCUCCCAGCAAAGAAUCGAACUGACAAAGAAGAAAAUGCAAACACCAAAGUCAGACGAGUUUCUGCGGUGGCUCGAGAAACAGGCACAAAACCCAGCCCAUCAAGGUCGAGGACGAAACAGACCCCUCCGCAACUCCUCGUCCCCAGAACCCGAGUCCGGUCAUGGUCGUCCGGGUAAAGAGACCACGGAAGAAUUGAGGUCUUCCUUUCGAGAUGCUCCCCUUCGACCCUCAGAGAAACGUCGUUUGUAUUUUGGUCCUGAAACGCCGAUUCUAGCGCCCUUGACCACGCAGGGAAACCUACCCUUCCGGCGGCUAUGCACUUCCCUAGGUGCCACGUUUACCUACUCGGAAAUGGCCAUGUCUUUACCACUGUUACAAGGUCAGAAGUCUGAAUGGGCACUCAUCAAAGCCCACGAAUCAGAGGUGCAGCCCCCAACCUUUUCGGUCAAGGGCAGCGACAACAUAGUCUUUGAGUACGACCAGAAACGAGACCUUCGAUUCGGUGCGCAGAUUGCAGCCAACAAGCCCUGGUUGGCCGUAAAAGCCACCGAGAUCCUCACUACAUUAUUGCCUCGAGGCCUUCGGGUGGUGGAUCUCAAUGUGGGUUGCCCGAUUGAUCUGGUCUAUAAAGAUGGUGCUGGUUCUGCUCUGAUGGAUGCGCCACACAAGCUGGACAAAAUGCUUCGAGGAAUGAACGUGGUCUCAGGUGAGACACCCGUGACAGUGAAGAUUCGAACCGGGACUCGUGACAAGCAACCGACCGCACAGAAAUUAGUCGAUCGACUUGUGCUCGGUAGUGAGCAUGGGCGCGGGGACGCCUGUGGUGUCGCGGCUAUCACACUGCAUGGACGAUCAAGGCAGCAAAGAUAUACUCGGUCUGCAGACUGGGAUUAUAUUACAGAGACGGCAUCCCUGAUCAACAAGCUCAACGAGAAGGCGAAUACCCUAAGUGACACUAUCCAUGAAACUGACGCGCGCGAUCAAGCCAACGGCCACACGGGCUCAAGAAACGGCAAAGUUUUCUUCAUUGGCAAUGGCGACGUUUUCUCCCAUGAGCACUACUACGAUCAUAUGCAGCACGCAGGGGUUGACGGAGUCAUGGCCGGUCGAGGAGCACUUAUCAAGCCAUGGCUCUUUGAAGAGAUCGCCGCAGGGCAGUAUCUGGAUAAAUCGUCCUCGGAACGGCUGCAGCUUGUCGAGCGGUUCUGUCGGUACGGGUUAGAAGCGUGGGGCAGCGACGAGGUUGGCGUGGGGCAGACGCGACGGUUCUUGCUGGAGUGGCUCAGCUUUGCCUGUCGAUACGUGCCAGUCGGGCUCUUGGAGUAUCUGCCUCCCAACAUCCAGGAUCGACCGCCUCGAUAUAAGGGUCGAGAUGAGCUCGAGACGCUGAUGGCAAGUGACAACUACAAGGACUGGAUCAAGAUCAGGUGA